AUGAACUCGUAUCCGCCCGAGUUCCUCUCGCACCCCCAGCCGCUCAUGUUCAUCGCCGGCCUGCCGGGGGCCGGCACGGCGCGGCGGGCGUCGUCCUCGUCCACGACGGCACCGGCAGCGCCAGCAGCAGCGGCGGUCACGUCGCCGACAACAGACGCGAGCGCGCUCCCGCUCCAGUCGCCCGAGAAGGCGACGCUAGGCCUGCCGGCCACAGACGCGAGCGACGAGUUCGACGUCCUCGGCCGCGACCUCCGUGCCGUGCUCGAGCCGUACACCCAGCCGCCGCGCGUGUGGCUGCCCGAGGCUGAACGCCGCAGCUUCCGCGUCGUGCUGACCGACAAGAAUGUACGCCUACCAUUGCGCAAGGCUGCGGCACUUGGCGGCGAGUCGCAGCAGCACUCGCCGCUGUCCCCGCUCACGCCGUCGUCACCACUGCACCCCGACGGGCUGAUCGCGCCCGUGUGGGUGCGGAAGCACACCGAGUUUGUGCCGUCCGUCUUUGUCCUCUUCCUGCGCCUGUACGAGAGCCCCAAGGGCCCGAGCGACUCGCCGCUUGGCGACGAAGUCGCGGCCGAGUCGCGGCGGCAGGCCGAGCGCGAGGCGGACGAGGCACUGGUGCGCGAGAUUUCCGAGCGGCGGCGCCGGCUCGGCGAGCGGGGGAUCAAGCUCACUGUCGUUCUGAUGGCGACGACCGCUGCCCUGGACUCGCCAGGGCUGGACCAGCGCCUCUCGCUCAUCCGGCGAGCGUCGGUGCUGAGCGCCAAGGCGUCGCUCUUCGUGCUCACGCCGGUGCCGUCGCACGAGCUGCCCGACUUUGUCAGCUCGCUCCAGGACGCGCUGUACGACUCGGCGCUGGAAUACUACGCCGCACACGGCAAGCGGAUUCGGCGCAAGCGCGGACGCGUGCCCCAGACGUCGUCGUCGGCCGCGAGCCCGAGUCUGCCGCCGGGAGGCAACCGCUCGCGCUCCGGCUCGGUUGCCGCGCGCCCGCUCGGCUCGCAGGGCUGGAUCGUGCGGUACGAGUGGAAGGCUGGGUGGUUUGCCGAGACGCGUGGCGAGCUCGACCUCGCCCGCAGGCACUACGAGGACUGCUGGAACGAGCUGGCGCGCAUGUUCAGCAGCACGACGACGCUGCCGCCGCGUACCAAGCGCUGGGCAGAGGCCAAGGUUCUCGCCGACUGCGUCGCUAUCAAGAUCUGCAAGCUACUGCUGUAUGAAGGCGCGGCGACAAAGGUGCUCAUCCCAUUCUUCGUCCACUUGCGCCGGUUUGCCGACCUCUCCCGCGGCUGGGGUAUCGGUGAGGAGACGUUCGAGUUCUGGUCCUGGGUCGCGCGGCAGUACCGUAUCCUCGGCGAGGUGCUCGAGAUCGCCCAGGGCCACGGGUUCCACGUCCCCCCGCUCCCGGCCCCGGCGUAUGCAACGCCAGCGGCGAGCGUCGCACCGCCGCCGUCCGACGAGCUCCCGAUACCAAUCUCGUCGACCAACCCGCUGCAUGUUCUCCACCCACCAGCCUUCUACUUUUACAACGCGGCCUGCUGUACCAUCGAGCGCAAGCAGCGCUUUGACGACGCGCUCUCUUCCGAGCGUGAUUCAGGCUCGGUGGCCCUCGCUGCUGCUCCAGGCUUUGCGAAUGAGAAGAGUGUCGACCACGCAGCAUUGAUUGUGGAGCUGCUGACGAAAGCCUACAACCUGCUCAAGGACGAGCAACAAGAGGCGUCCCGACUCGCCCUGUACAUUGCCUUCCGUAUAGCCAAGACGCACUGCCAGGCUGGAGAGCACGAACUGGCCAUGAGGUAUCUCAACAUCAUCUCCGGCAAGUUUGCCCAGGAGGGAUGGAAGCCGGUUCUCCACGAGAUUCGGACUAUCUGGUACGAGUGCGCCAAGCGCACUGGCGACGUCGAGACGGCUGCCAAGCUCCUCGUGGAGAUUUUGGCGUCUGGAGACGCAGCAGACGGCAACGCGCUGCAGGACGACCUGCUGUCUCUGCUCAAGACGACUGCGCCGUCGUCGUCUGAGCCGAUCGCCGUUGAUGGGACCGAUGACUCGUUGCUCGAUGCUCGUGUCGGGUUCCGUGAAGCCGAGGUCGGAGUUGGCUCCUCGGUCGCCUUCCAGGUUGCCGUCAGUCCAAAGGCCAACGUUGAUGUCUCGCGUCUCGAGUUCUCUCAACUCCGUAUCGGCUUCAGCGACGGCCGCCCUGAUAUUGUUGUUGCCAACGGAGGAGAGUCACGAUACCUCAACGUCGCAACCAUCAAGCCACAAGGCGACAGCGAGGUGUUCAAGGCGCCCUUGAAGUGGGCCAGUGGAGACGUGCUCGUUGUCAAUGGCGAGCUGCCCGGGAACGUCGCAACAGAGGUCGAGAUCAGCGACAUUACGCUUGUCCUGACCGAGGGUACCUGGACGCUGGAACUCAGACUCAACCCUCAGCAGCUCACAACGUGGACUGUGAAGGAAGGCACCAGCUACGUCCCAGUGUCCAAGCUAUCCUCCUCCAUCGUCUUCUCGCAACUCCCUCACGGGCUUACAUUGGACGUUACUCACGUUCCUGUAGCGUUCGUUGGCGAGUCCCUUCCCGUCAAGGUCAAGAUUGCGAGCACGGACAGCCGAAAGCUCAAGCUAUCCCUCAACGUGCUUCUGCAGCCGGGCGCGGAGCCAGACGGCUCGACCAUCACCGUCGGUGGCACGCAGUCCGAUGCGCUUGUGAAGGAGGUCGACCUCGGCACUAUUGAAGAAGGAGGCGAGGUUGAGAAGGAGGUGACGUUGAUCGUACCCGCCGAGGGCACCAAGCUCCUCGAUAUCAACGUCCUUUCUGAAGUAGUAGGCACGGUUGCCGACACGGCAGAGACGGUCAAGACGGCCGUCAUCCCAGUCGUCUCCCCCUUCGCCUGCACCGCGACAGCCCAUGCUACCGGCCCAGCGACCGCAGGAACUACAGGCUUUGGCGUCAUUUCGGCCCUUCUCACCGUUCCCGGCCCUCGCGGUAUCGUCGUGGACAAGGUGGACGUCGUUACAGAUGUUGAAAACAUCAAGCUGUUGGGCUCAUCCUUGGAGGUAGCGGCAUUCCCUCAGACCUGGAACGACACCAGCUCGUUCGCAUUCAGCGCUCGCUUUUCAGUCGGCACGCCUGCGCACCGCCUGACGUCGCACCCACCAUCGGCGGCCUCGGCCCAUAUCUCCUGGCACGCGUCCGACGACCCGUCAAAGGAGAAGUUGACCACCGCCAUCCCCCUCCCAGCCCUCGUUCCGCCCGUGCCAGACGCCUUCAUCUCCUCGUCGCUGUCGUUCCCUCCCGUCGUGCGCGCACACGAGCCAUUCCCCGUCUCGCUCGAGCUGCGGAACGCGCACCCGACAGAAGCGGCGUGGGUCGCGCUCCAGGGCGAGACGGCAGACGGCUUUGUGUGGGCCGGCCCGCGAGGCGCGAGAGUGGGCCCAGUUCCGGCUGGCGGACGAUCUGUCGUCACUGUCGAGGCCAUGGCUGUCGGGUCUUCCGGGUGGCAGAGUCUCCCUGGCCUGAGCGCAUGGGCGGGGGACGGCAACGAGAGACGAGAAGUGCGCGUCACGACACAAACGGACAGACCUGGCGCUGCCGUCCUCGUGCGUCCAUGAGCAUAUCUAGACAGCC